AAUGACGUGUAAAUAACCUUGAUGUUUACACAAAUCAAUUAUUUCGUGAAGGAUGACAACAAUCACAAGAUUUAGAUAAUAACAAGCUUUAAGUUUUUCGCGAGUCAUUCUAAAUUGUUAGUGAAGUUUACGUAAUGGCUUUCAUCACAGGUAGGGCUCUGCACUAUGUCUUCAAAGUCCCAGACCGGAAGCAAACUGCGAUAUUUUAUCGCGAAAUUUUGGGCAUGAAAGUCCUGAGACAUGAGGAAUUUGCGGACGGGUGUGAGGCUGUAUGUAAUGGUCCUUACGCAAACCGGUGGAGCAAGACCAUGGUCGGUUACGGUCCCGAAUCGACCCAUUUCGCCAUGGAACUGACCUACAACUACGGCGUAAAGUCCUACGAGAAGGGCAACGACUUCCGUGGCAUCACAAUCCGCAGCAAAGAGGCCCUGCAGCGCGCCAAAGAGAACAACUGGCCCAUCUUAGCCGGAAACAUCCUGGAAGCGCCAGGCGGUUACAAAUUCCACAUAAUCGACGAACCCCAACCCACCGAUCGUGAUCCAGUAGUGAAAGUAACUUUGUCUUGUUCCAAUUUGACCAAAUCCAUCAACUACUGGAACGGUGUCCUGGGCUUGAAGAUAUUCGGGCGCACGGAUAAGACCGUCCUGCUGGGCUUCAAAGAGAGCGAGGCCAAGCUGGAGCUGGAGGAGAUUGGCGGCCCGGUCGAGAGAGCUAAAGCGUACGGACGUAUCGCCUUUUCCUGCCUGGCGGCAGAGCAGCCGAAAAUCGCCAAGAAAAUCGAGGAGCACAAACAUACAAUUUUCAAGCCUCUGAUCUCGCUGGACACGCCUGGAAAGGCCACAGUCCGGGUCAUUAUUUUAUGCGACCCUGACGGACACGAAAUCUGCUUCGUGGAUGAGGAGGGGUUCAGUCAACUGUCGCAGGUUGACCCCGAUGGUGAUAAGCUACUCGAUCGGUACAUCGCAAGAGAUAAAUCGUAAAUAACCUGGAUUAUUAAUUCAAAGGGUGGAAAGGUGAUAUUAUUCAACACAAAGUAUUUAUUCUUUCAUAUAUUGUUACAAAAAUAAAAUAUAUAAAGUUCCAA